AUGGCCAAAUACAGGCUUUGCUGGAGCUACACAGCAUGUAACACGCAGGGAGGGAAGGUUCCAGGAGAGCCAUAUGAUGAAAAGAGUUUUUAUCCGCUAAAACUGCAGGGAGCAGUGCACCAUGGAUCCGAAAGAGAUUUUAAGAGUUCUGUUUGUGCUGGUUUUCCUUCAGUGCCCUCUAGGGAAAACUCUCUGGGAAGAAAAUUGGCACUUGAGCCUGACAGGAUAGUGGGAAGAUCUUUGUUCAACUUCAUAGACUGUGUUGAACUAUUUUGGGGCUUUAAGGAAAUCCAGCUGGAAGGAAGCAAGCCAGGAUCCCCUGUCAGGAAAUGCAGCUGUUUCCACACCAUAGCAGCACUGAGUAUCUGCAACGGAGACUGUCUGGACUGCAGAGCCCUGAAUAUCUACUUUGCAGAAAAGCGUGGGCCUGUUGCAGUAAAAGUCGGCCAGCCCCCCUCUCAGCCACCUCGGCUGCAAAGACACAUGAAGCCUUCCUCCUCCGGGUCAUCAGUUCACACCCGCCAAGCCCGGGUCUGGCUCCCAGAGCCUGGGUUGGAGACAGUGACAGCUCUGCCCUCACCUGGGCCCCGCCAGCCUGCUGCGCGGGGAGAAAAGUCAACACAACCGCUCCUGGGCCAGCUGCUUGGGCUGGUGGUGAAAAAUGUUGAAUAAUCAAAUUGCCCAUUUCUGCUCAAUUGCUCUAAUUUAUUAUCCCGGGCAUUCGGCAUGCAAAUGAAAACUACCCAUCAUCCCAGUCCAUGUCACUCUACUUUAUGAUCUUAUUAAAACCUCCGCGUUUCUUAGCCUGA